AGCGCCCGGCCCCGCCGCGGUGACCACGUGACCGCAGCGGGCGAGAGGCGGAGCAGCGCGACAUUAUGGCACACACUCAAGGUUUUGGGAGAAGAUACAUUAAAGCCUUCUUUAAAGGUUUCUUUGUUGCUGUUCCCAUGACAGUGACUUUCCUAGAUAGAGUUGCCUGUGUAGCAAGAGUGGAAGGAGCAUCCAUGCAGCCUUCUUUGAAUCCUGGGGGAAGACAAGCAUCUGAUGUAGUGCUCUUAAACCACUGGAGCAUUCGAAAUUAUGAUGUACAACGUGGGGACAUUGUGUCAUUGGUCACUGAGAUGGACCUAAGCCUUGUGUUACUGAACUUCUUAUUCUAUAUCUUAAGGUCUCCUAGAAACCCUGAACAGAAGAUCAUUAAACGAGUGAUUGCUCUUGAAGGAGACAUUAUCAAAACCAUUGGAUACAAAAAGAAGUAUGUGAAAGUUCCCCAUGGACAUAUUUGGGUGGAAGGUGAUCACCAUGGGCACAGCUUUGACAGCAAUGCAUUUGGCCCGGUUUCUCUUGGACUUCUACAUGCCCGUGCUACUCAUAUUCUCUGGCCUCCGAAGCGCUGGCAGAAGCUACAGCCAAUACUACCUCCAGAGCGCAAACCGCUCCAGAGAGAGCAAGAGUGACCUAAAUGUGCAGAUGGAAGAACAUUGAAGUGAAGUUUAGCCAGCAAGAAUUGCAGGUGUUAUACCAUCACUUGUAAAAACUUAGCCAAGGGUGCUUUAACAUCAGGUACCAUAUCAGCAAAUACGUGCAAUAUCUUCAUGUUAAAAUGUCAUCUUAAGAGUAAAUUGUUUGUAAAUUGGUUGUUUGUUAUAAUCUCAAACAGUAGCACAUUGUGCAUUAUUUAGUUUGGAAAUAAUUACACAUUGGUUGUAGGUUUGAACGUUCAAUUUUUCUGGGAGCAGUAAAAUGACUGAGUUGUUAUGUCUCUACCUGUGCUUCUCUGGAUAAGAAAUUGUUAAAAACUUAAAUAAAAUAUUUUAAUCUUUUA